CUGUGCAGAUUGCGCGGCACAGCAUGCGAAAAUUAGUAAUUGGGAUGAAACGCUCUUCCAAAGUAAGGAGUCAGUUGUGUCUGCGCGUAACAGACAUUGAAUCGAGGAAGAAGCCUCUAGCUGAGCUGCGGGGGAAGACACUGCUUGGGUAGGGGUGCUUGCAAGAGCGCCUGCGCUUUCAGUUUCUGGUUGGGCGCAUGGCCUGAGACAUUGACGUCAACAUACCGUAGUGGACAUCACCAAUCUUUAGCAGUAGCUUUGAAGGCCCUUGCAAGUGUUCCCCAUGGCGACUGCCGCUGUCGCUCGCACAGUGGGCAGUGCUGGCGGUGUCUCCUGCCGAGCAAAGGCCAGCGUGUGCUCCUCUUCCCGCCCUUUCCUUGCCUUCUCAGGCCUCAAGUCCAACACUCUGUUGCUGAAGCAGCAGCGAGAUGCAUUCCAGCUGGCACGAUGCAACAAGCGGACGGCCGGUGUGGUAAUGGCGGCAACCCUCGACCUGUUGGACUUUUCAGGCAAGCCUCUCGGCACAGAGACCCUUGACUUGAACGCUGCCAGGCCCGAGACGGCGCGCGCAGUUGUUCACAGGGGUCUGAUCACAGAGCUCCAGAAUAAGAGGCAGGGGAAUGCGCACACCAAGACCCGGUCUGAGGUUCGGGGGGGAGGCAGGAAGCCGUACAAGCAAAAGGGCACGGGCAAUGCUAGGAGGGGGUCCACCCGGUCGCCGUUGAUUGUGGGGGGAGGAGUUGCAUUUGGGCCGAGGUCAAAGAGCUGGAGGAUCAAGAUGAACAAGAAGGAGAAGCGGCUGUCCAUCAGCACGGCGCUGCAGAGUGCGGCGACUAGCACAGUUGUGGUGGAGGACUUCGAUGACAAGUUUGAGGAGCCGAGCACAAAGAAGAUGAUCAGUGCAUUGCAAAGUUGGGGGGUUGCUGCGGAGGAGGAGCACGUGCUCUUGUUGCUCCACGCCCCCAUCCCUCGGGCCGUUGCCAAGUCCAUCAGCAACAUCAACAAUGCGAAGGUCAUGACCCCCGGCGCCGUCAACCUGUACGACAUCCUGCGCGCCGACAAGCUGGUCAUCACAAAGUCGAUGCUGCAGCACUUGAACGAGCGAUACCCACCCAAGGGUGCGCUCGCGGAAGAGGACGAAUCGGAAGAGGAGCCCGCAGCAGAAGCCGCGGAGGAAGCUGCAUAAGCACUCAGGUAUUGCAAUAUGAUAGAAAGACUUGAGCGAGGGGACCGUUCGCACGAGCCUCCCUGUCUGCCUCGCGUUUUGCACGAGGGGCAGAUGUAAAAGUGUUCAGCGAAGCUUGGAAGGUUGGUAAGCAUGUGGAUAUGCCAGUGUUGUUGAUUCGAAAGUCACAUGAACGAACUUACUUCGGACUUGACAAGGACGAGCUGCCAUCAGCCAUCGGGCAUAAAACAGCUGGGAUGGUUGCCUUUCAUCAACUGGCCGCCUAAUACGAGUUGCCGAAUAUACUCAAUAUGAGCC